AUGUUAUCAUCCCCAUCUGGAGUGAAUGCUGCAGCAGCAAAUGAGCAGUUACUGCUUGUGUUAUCUAAGGAACAAUCAGAUGUUGACUACCUGAAUGCAGCUAAAAAUGAACCAAAUUUAUUCAGUCAUAUUUCAAGUCACACUGCAAAAGCAUUUAAAGUGGGCUCAGCUGGUAAGGCAAGUGGCGGCAAUGGCACUUAUAAAUCAUCUAAAACAAAAGAAGAUGGCUGGAAGGAAGUUUCUAGAAAAUGUAAAAAAAUAAAUGUUCCAGCGAAAUGCAUAAGCCGAUUAAUUGGGCGAGCAGGGUGCAACAUAAAUGCUAUCAGAGAAUCAUCAGGAGCUCAUAUUGAUUUAGAUAAAAUGAAAAAUUCCUCUGAUGGUUUAAUCACUUUGAAG